UUUUGCAGUACAAGCCGCGACGCUUUACGGCUCUCUUCCUCGUUCCUCCGGCGGGAAUACGGCCCGCCCGCCCCUUUCGCCCAGUGGGCCCCGCCAUGCUCGGCGUGGAUUGGUUGGCAGCCCUUCGAGCCCGGUGCUGACUGGCUCGCGUGUCUGCCACUUUCUUUCAGCCUGGUGGCGCGCGGCGCUGCGAGAAGCGCCGGGAGCGUGUGCGGCGGCGGUGGCGGAAGUGGCCGGUGAUCCCGGUCCCCGCCGGCACCAUGCUUCCCUUGUCACUGCUGAAGACAGCUCAGAAUCACCCCAUGUUGGUGGAGCUGAAAAAUGGGGAGACAUACAACGGGCACCUGGUGAGCUGCGACAACUGGAUGAACAUUAACCUGCGAGAGGUCAUCUGCACGUCCAGGGACGGGGACAAGUUCUGGCGGAUGCCCGAGUGCUACAUCCGCGGCAGCACCAUCAAGUACCUGCGCAUCCCCGAUGAGAUCAUCGACAUGGUCAAGGAGGAGGUGGUGGCCAAGGGCCGCGGCCGCGGAGGCCUGCAGCAGCAGAAGCAGCAGAAGGGCCGCGGCAUGGGCGGUGCCGGCCGAGGUGUGUUUGGUGGCCGGGGCCGAGGUGGGAUCCCAGGCACAGGCAGAGGCCAGCCGGAGAAGAAGCCGGGCAGACAGGCGGGCAAACAGUGAGCGCCCACCCAGACCGGCCGCUGCGCCCUCCCGCCAGGACCGCGGUUCCACUCCACAGAUGGACGGGUCUGCUCAGAAAGGAAGAGGCGGGCCUCGGGGAGAAUUCCCCUCGCGUUUUGUGACUCUCCCUUUUAGGUGAAGCCCCUUUUCCUUGCUACAGCCGGCAGUUCUCUGGUUGGAAAUGUUUGGUGUUUUUGGUUUUGUGAAGUGGCCGUCCAGAGCUGGCUGGAUUCCUGGAAGACUCUUUGUUGAAAGCAUCUUUCGAGCCUCGCUCUGGUUCUCAGGGCGGCAUUUUCCAGAGGGGUUUGGUUUGCGUUUCUCGGAGCCUCUCGGAGCAGCGAACAGACAGGAGAUUUUUAUUUUAAGCUGUUGACGCUGGGAUUGACAGCCUGGAGUUUCCUUGAGCGCGGCCCCAAAAUUGCCUUUCAAAACAAACCCGGGGACGGAUGAAUGCUUUAGAGCCCGUGCAGGGGACGCCGCCGGGCCCUGGCCCUUCGAUUCCUCUCUCUGUGUUACAAAAAUAAAAAUAAACAAAACUACACACUGCA